AUGAGGCCUGAGAACCAGAGCAGCGUGUCUGAGUUCCUCCUCCUGGGGCUGCCCAUCCUGCCAGAGCACCAGGGUGUGUUCUUCACCCUGUUCCUGGGCAUGUACCUGACCACAGUGCUGGGCAACCUGCUCAUCAUCCUGCUCAUCAGGCUGGACUCCCACCUGCACACGCCCAUGUACUUCUUCCUCAGCCACCUGGCCUUCACUGAUGUCUCUUUCUCAUCUGUCACUGUCCCUAAGAUGCUGAUGAACAUGCAGACUCAUCACUUCUUCAUUUCCUACCCAGGGUGUAUUUCUCAGUUGUAUUUUUAUAUAUUUUUUGGUUGUGUUGAUAAUCUUCUUCUGGCAGUGAUGGCAUAUGACAGGUAUGUGGCCAUUUGUCACCCUCUACAUUAUACCACCAUCAUGAGGGAGGAGUUGUGUGUGCUGCUGGUAGCUGUAUCAUGGAUUAUUGCCUGUGCCCAUGCACUGUUGCACACUGUCCUCUUGGUCCAACUCAUGAGGCCUGAGAACCAGAGCAGCGUGUCCGAGUUUGUUCUCCUGGGGCUGCCCAUCCUGCCAGAGCACCAGGGUGUGUUCUUCACCCUGUUCCUGGGCAUGUACCUGACCACAGUGCUGGGCAACCUACUCAUCAUCCUGCUCAUCAGGCUGGACUCCCACCUGCACACGCCCAUGUACUUCUUCCUCAGCCACCUGGCCCUCCCUGAUGUCUCUAUCUCAUCUGUCAUUGUCCCAAAGAUGCUCAUGAAUAUGCAGACUCAUCACAUCUUCAUUUCCUACCCAGGGUGUAUUUCUCAGUUGUGUUUUUAUAUAUUUUUUGGUUGUGUUGAUAAUCUUCUUCUGGCAGUGAUGGCAUAUGACAGGUAUGUGGCCAUCUGUCACCCUCUACAUUAUAACACCAUCAUGAGGGAGGAGUUGUGUGUGCUGCUGGUGGCUGCCUCAUGGAUUACUUCAUGUGCCCAUGCCCUGUUGCACACUGUCCUCUUGGUCCGACUCUCCUUCUGUGCCGACAAUGUCAUCACCCACUUCCUCUGCGACCUCAGUGUGCUCCUGAAGCUCAGCUGCUCAGACAUCUCCCUCAAUGACUUGGUCAUCUUCAUUGAGGGAGGAAUGAUUUUAUUCUUGCCUUUGGUUAUUAUUUUGGGCUCAUAUAUCCGUAUAGGGACCAUCAUCCUGAAGGCUCCCUCUACUAGGAGACUCUUGAAAUCUUUUUCUACCUGUGGCUCCCAUCUCCUUGUGGUGUCUUUAUACUAUGGAACACUUAUAGGUGUUUACUUUUUGUCCUCAUCAUGGGAUUCCAAAGACAUAAUUGCUUCGGUCAUGUAUACGGUAGUUACCCCCAUGCUGAACCCCUUCAUCUACACCCUGAGGAACAGAGAUAUAAAGCAGGCCUUAGGCAAAAUCUUUUGCAAACCCUGUUGCACAAUUUUAACUAUGAAUUUGUCUUUUUCUCCACUGAGAUAUGUCAGUUUUUCCUUAUGUAUUUUAAUGACGUAUUAUGAGGACACCUGA